AAGUGGCGGGGGCGCUCAGUCCUGCAGGCUCCGAGGCGGGGCUGGUGCUGGUCGCUGGAGGACGUGGACAACGCAGGCCACGCUGGCUGCGCAUGGAGCCGAGGACCCGCGCGGAGGCGGGAUGCUCCAGGCCGGCGAGAUCGGCGAGGCGCCGGCAACCCCGAGCUGCUCUGAAAGUGGCGAGGAAAGGAAGAACGUCGAGCAGAAAAGUGACUUAAAUAUCGCAGCUCUUGUUGGAAAUGAACCAGUCGGUGAAGGUACAGAUAGUGGUGGUCUCUCUUCCUAUGUGUCUGCAUUUAUAGAGAAGGAAGUUGGAAAUGACCUUAAAUCUUUAAAGAAACUUGAUAAACUCAUAGAACAGAUGACAGAAAGCAAAAUGCAAUUGGAAGAACAGGUACUUACAAUUUCAUCAGAAAUCCCUAAAAGAAUUCAGAGUGGCUUAAAAAAUGCAGAAGAAUCAGAGCAAUUCCUCCAUCAGUUUCUGGAGCAAGAAAUUCAUCUCUCCAGUUCCAUUAACAGCCAUUUGCUGACCGCACAGCCCUGGAUGGAAGAUCUUGGCGCCAUGAUUAACCAGAUUGAAGAAAUUGAACGGCAUCUCGCUUACCUUAAAUGGAUUUCACAAAUUGAAGAGCUAAGCGAUAAUAUUCAGCAAUAUCUGAUGACCAAUAAUGUCCCAGAGGCAGCCUCCACUCUGGUGUCAAUGGCAGAACUGGACAUCAAGCUUCAGGAGUCAUCUUGUACUCAUCUUCUUGCUUUCAUGAGAGCCACUGUUAAAUUCUGGCAUAAAAUUCUCAAGGACAAGCUUACAAGUGAUUUUGAGGAGAUCUUAGCACAGCUUCACUGGCCAUUCAUCGCCCCCUCUCAGUCUCAGACUGUUGGCUUAAGUCGACCGGCCGGUUCCUCUGAGAUAUACAGUAACCUGGAGACAUUGUUUUGUCAGCUUCUGAAACUACAAACCUCAGAUGAAUUACUUACUGAGCCAAAACAGCUUCCAGAAAAGUACUCUCUUCCUGCAUCGCCUUCUGUCAUCCUGCCCAUCCAGAUUAUGCUGACUCCCCUUCAGAAGAGGUUCAGGUAUCACUUCAGAGGGAACCGGCAGACGAAUGUCAUAAGCAAGCCUGAAUGGUACUUGGCUCAGGUCCUUCUGUGGAUUGGGAACCACACUCAGUUUCUGGAUGAGAAGAUUCAGCCCAUCUUAGACAAAGUCGGCUCUGCGGUCAGUGCAAGGCUUGAAUUUUCCCGAGGCCUUGUGAUGCUGGUUCUUGAGAAGUUAGCUGCUGAUAUCCCUUGUCUGCUCUAUGAUGACAAUCUCUUCUGUCAUUUGGUGGAUGAGGUGCUCUUGUUCGAAAGGGAGCUCCACAGCGUUCAUGGCUAUCCUGGCACUUUUGCUAACUGUAUGCACAUUCUAUCAGAGGAGACCUGUUUUCAGAGAUGGUUGACUGUGGAGAGAAAAUUUGCUCUUCAAAAAAUGGACUCAAUGCUUUCAUCAGAAGCUGCCUGGAUAUCCCAGUAUAAGGACAUCACUGAUGUAGACGAGAUGAAAGUUCCAGACUGUGCAGAAACUUUCAUGAUGCUACUCUUGGUUAUAACUGACAGGUAUAAGAACCUUCCUACGGCUUCUCGAAAGCUGCAGUUCCUGGAGUUACAGAAAGACUUAGUAGAUGAUUUUAGGAUACGAUUAACGCAGGUGAUGAAAGAGGAGACAAGAGCGCCCCUCGGCUUCCGAUACUGUGCCAUCCUUAAUGCUGUGAACUAUAUCUCAACAGUCCUAGCAGACUGGGCUGACAAUGUCUUCUUUCUUCAGCUUCAGCAGGCGGCGUUGGAGGUCUUCGCGGAGAACAGCGCUCUCAGCAAACUGCAGCUGGGACAGCUGGCCGCCAUGGAGAGCUCCGUCUUUGAUGACAUGGUCAACCUGUUAGAGCGUCUGAAGCACGACAUGUUGACCCGCCAGGUAGACCAUGUUUUUAGAGAAGUUAAAGAUGCUGCAAAAUUGUAUAAAAAAGAAAGAUGGCUGUCCUUGCCGUCGCAGUCAGAGCAGGCAGUGAUGUCCCUGUCCAGCUCAGCCUGCCCGUUGCUGCUGACGCUGCGAGACCGGUUACUGCAGCUGGAGCAGCAGCUUUGCUUCUCCUUAUUUAAGAUUUUCUGGCAAAUGCUUGUAGAGAAGCUGGACAUACACAUCUACCAGGAGAUCAUUCUUGCCAAUCACUUCAAUGAAGGCGGGGCUGCUCAGCUGCAGUUUGACAUGACCCGGAACCUUUUCCCUUUGUUCUCCCACUAUUGCAAGAGACCGGAAAAUUAUUUUAAACAUGUGAAAGAAGCCUGCAUCGUGUUGAACUUGAACGUGGGAUCUGCCCUGCUCCUGAAAGAUGUCCUGCAGUCAGCUUCGGGGCAGCCUCCUGCCACAGCUGCGUUAAAUGAAGUUGGGAUUUACAAACUGGCCCAGCAAGAUGUGGAGAUUCUACUCAAUUUGAGGACAAACUGGCCAAACACUGGAAAAUAACGCAUCUUUUUUUUUUUUU